AUUUCCUCACACAAACCUUUCUUCCAUAGUAAUCUGAAUCGCCGCAUCUUAAUCUCAACAGUUUUAGGGUUCUUCAGACUACUGAUGGGUUCUUACUCUGCUGGAUCAUUUGACAACUUCCACUACAAUUACAAGAUUGACUUUUCCAAUUUGGGAAAUGGGUUCUAUCUCGAUAAUCAACCUUUUUUAGAAAGUCCAUCUCCUCUUCCUCCUCUUCCAGAGUCAUAUACUCAACAGAAUCAUGCUUGUGCUGCUACUGUUGAUGCUGAUGCUGAUGAUGAUUUCACUGACUCUGUUCUACAAUACAUAAGCCAAGUGCUUAUGGAAGAAGACAUGGAUGACAAGCCUUGUAUGUUCCAUGAUGCCUUAUCUCUCCAAGCAGCUGAGAGAUCUCUCUAUGAAGCUCUAGGCGAAAAGUACCCUGAUUCCACACCUCUGACUACUACUAGCCCUGUUCAACUGGCUCAUAGUCCUGAUGGGUUGAGUGAUAUAACUUCUUCAGGUUAUACCUCAAGAACCACUUCCUCUGAUUGGAGUUUUGAUUGUUUGGAGAACAACAAGCCUUCUUGGAUGCAAACACCGACCCCGAACAACUUUGUUUUCAAGUCCACUCCCUCUAGAUCCAGCCCCAAGCCCGUUAGAGGCAGUAACGCUGCUUUCAGGUCAAGUUUUAGUGAUGACUUGGUGUCCAACAUGUUCAAGGAUAGCAACUUGGCUUUCCAAUUCAAGAGAGGUGUGGAGGAAGCAAGCAAGUUCCUACCAAAGACUACUCAGCUGGUUAUAGACAUGGAUAAUAAUAAUAACAACUAUGUUCCUUACCGAAUGAUCGGACAGAAAAGUCAUUACCGUGAAGAUGAGCAUUUGCCUGAAGAAAGAAGCAAGAAACAAUCAGCUGUUUAUGCAGAUGAAACCGAACUAUCUGAAAUGUUUGAUAAGAUUCUCUUAUUUGGACCAGCCGAGGAGAACCCUACAUGCAUUCUCCAAGAAAAGGGACCUCCCAAAGCUUCACCAAGUCCCAAAGGCGAGACAACAACACAUUCAAGGGUACAGAAACUACCUGCUUAUGUGAAAGAGAUACCUGACUUGAGAACCCUUUUGCUCUCAUGUGCACAAGCCGUAUCCGUUAACGAUCAUAGAAGAGCUGAAGGAUUGUUAAAACUGGUUAGGCAACAUUCUUCAUCUUAUGGAGAUGGAACAGAGAGGUUAGCUCAUUACUUCGCAAACAGUCUUGAAGCACGUUUAGCUGGGACAGGUACACAGGUUUACACAGCCUUGUCUUCCAAGAAAACAUCUGCUGCCGACAUGUUGAAAGCUUACCAGACAUAUGUAUCCGUCUGUCCGUUCAAGAAGAUUGGUAUAGUGUUCGCUAACCACAGCAUCCAGCAGAUGGCUAAGAAGAUAAUGCCUAACACCAUACACAUCAUAGACUUUGGGAUAUCUUAUGGUUUCCAGUGGCAUUCUCUGAUUCAUCGCCUUCAUUGGAGACGUGGCUCGUCCUGUAAGCUUAGGGUAACAGGUAUUGACUUGCCUCAACGUGGGUUUAGACCAGCUAAUGGAGUUAUUGAGACAGGACAUCGCUUGGCUAAGUACUGUAAGAAGCUUAACGUGCCAUUUGAGUAUAAUGCUAUUGCGCAGAAAUGGGAGACGAUAAAGUUGGAGGACUUGAAGUUGCAAGAAGGAGAGUUUGUGGCUGUGAACUCUCUCUUUAGGUUUAGGAACCUUCUAGAUGAGACGGUGGCAGUGGAUAGUCCUAGAGAUGUGGUUUUGAGACUGAUACAGAAGAUAAGACCGAACAUCUUCAUCCCUUCUAUCUUAAGCGGUUCAUACAACGCGCCUUUCUUUGUAACGAGAUUUAGAGAGGUUCUGUAUCAUUUCUCUUCUCUGUUUGACAUGUGUGACACGAAUUUGACUAGGGAGGAUCCGAUGAGGGUUGUGUUUGAGAAGGAGUUUUACGGGAGGGAGAUCAUGAACGUGGUGGCGUGUGAGGGGACGGCGAGAGUGGAGAGGCCUGAGAGUUAUAAGCAGUGGCAGUCGAGGAUGGUGAGAGCUGGGUUUAGACAGCUUCCGGUUGAGAAGGAGCUGGUUCAGAAACUGAGGUUGAUGGUUGAAAAGGAUUAUAAGAGCAAAGAGUUUGAUGUUGAUCAAGAUGGUAACUGGUUCCUUCAAGGAUGGAAAGGGAGACUUGUUUAUGCUUCUUCUUUUUGGGUUUCUGUGUAGUGAAUGAUGUCUUACAUCACAAGAAACUGAUUUAUCUGUGAGGUUUGUUGUUGUCUCUUUGUUCACACAUUGACCUUUGGAUUUGUAUAUUUUGUACAGUUUUUAGUAUUAUUUCC